AUGACAGACGUUGCGCAACCUAUUGCAGUAGGUUCUCCCACUCCACGCCCUGCUGGAAAAUCGCCGGUUGAUAAAUACAUUAUCGAAAAGAAGAUUGGCCAAGGACAAUUUUCAUGCGUUUACAGAGCCAAGUCCGUUGAUAGUGGACAGAUUGUUGCACUCAAGCGCGUACCGAUUUUCGAAAUGAUGGAUCCCAAGGCACGUAACGACUGUAUCAAGGAGAUUGAUUUACUCAAAUCGCUUGAUCAUGUGAAUGUAGUGUGCUGUCUUGAAUCAUUUAUUGAUGGAAAGGAUUUGGUGAUUGUACUCGAACUUGCUGAUGCUGGCGAUCUGGGAAAAAUGAUCAAGCACUUCAAGACCCAAGGAAAGCAUAUUUCCGAGAAAACCAUUUGGAAAUACUUUUCUCAAAUUAGUGGAGCAUUAGCACACCUUCACAAUCGCCGAGUGAUGCAUCGUGAUAUCAAGCCAGCCAAUGUAUUUAUCACUGGACAAGGCAUAGCUAAGCUUGGCGAUCUUGGUCUUGGUCGAUUUGUCUCUCAGACAACAAUUGAAGCACAUUCACUUGUUGGUACUCCCUACUACAUGUCGCCCGAGCGUAUUCAUGAAGCUGGAUACUCGUUCCAAAGCGAUAUUUGGUCUCUCGGAUGCUUGCUAUACGAGAUGGCUGCUUUGCACUCUCCCUUUUAUGGUGAUAAAAUGACUCUUGCUGGUCUAUGUCGUAAAAUCGAAGCAUGCGAUUACCCACCACUUCCAUCGGAACUCUACUCGGAAGAAUUUCGUGGUUUAGUUGCUGCAAUGAUUCAAACAGAUAUGGCCAAGCGUCCUACAGCUGAACAGGUGUUUGAGACUUCAAAAAGAAAGUAUGAAGCCAUGCAAGCAAAAGAUAAAGCUGCUGCUGCUGCCACUCAAUGA